CUGGGCAGGACUCCAAAGGUGCAGCAGCAGCAACAAGCCGGAGUUCAAAGUUAGCAGUAAAUUGCACAACUUCUAGCUCAUCGCUACGCUCAGUGACUGUUAACAAGCUGGAAGGCAGGCAGGGAAGGGAAAAAAGGAGGGUAGAAGGGAACACCCUCGAACUGUUUGGGGAUCGUUGAUGUUAUGCUUCUGCCGCUGGGAUCAUGGCUCCGUUUGGAAGGAAUUUAUUAAAAACUCGGCAUAAAAACAGGUCUCCCAACAAGGACAUGGCUUCAAACGAAAGAGAGAUUGUGGUUUGGGUUUGCCAGGAAGAAAAGAUCGUGUGCGGCCUGACAAAGCGCACAACUUGUGCAGAGGUGGUUCAGGCGCUGCUGGAGGACCAUCAGACAACAUUUGGAGACAAGAAAGUCCUCUUUGGCAAACACAGCGAUUACUGCAUUGUUGAAAAAUGGAGAGGCUCGGAGCGAGUUCUUCCUCCCUUGACCAAGAUCCUGAGACUUUGGAAGGCCUGGGGGGAGGAGCAGUGUAAUUUACAUUUUGUGUUGGUGAAGUCAGAUGCUUUCCUCUCCUUUCCAUUAUGGAAGACAGCUGAAGCUAAGGUAGUACAAAAUGUAGAAAAACAGUGGGAGCUCAGUCCAGCAAAUUACAUGAAGAUGUUGCCAAUAGACAAGCAAAAGAAAAUUGUGAGAAAGACUUUCCGGAAACUGGCCAAGCUUAAACAGGACAGUGUGCAGCAAGAGAGAGAUAAUAUGGAAACACUGAUUCAUCUGAUCAUUUCUCAAGAUCAUACCAUCCAUCAGCAAGUCCUUAGAAUGAAGGAACUAGACAUGGAAAUUGAAAGAUGUGAAGCAAAAUUCCAUCUAGAUCGUGUGGCCAACGAUGGGGAAAAUUAUGUGCAGGACUCUUAUCUGAUGAUCUAUCCAAGUGAGGCCGAGCAGCAAGGGAGAAGGCCAGACGAUCCAAAAGAAGUGCAUGACUACUUGAGCAAAAGCGAGGGAAUUUUACAGGUUGAAGAGAGACUGAAGCAUCAUAAGCAGUUAAUAGAGAAGCUGUGUGCUGAAAUUGAGAGAGAGGUGCAUGGUAAAUGCACGGAAAGAAACGGAGAUGAUGAUCGCGCAGAAGGAACUGCCAACGCUGAGCUGGAGAGCUCCAGUUUGGAAAGCGUAAAAUACGAGCUGGAAAAGAGCGUGAAAGAUGGUCUGAGAAUCAACUCAUACCUAAGCUGCAUUCAGAAAGAGCUUACCUACAGAGACUCGCUGCUUCAAAAGAAGGAGAAAGAAUAUGAACUUCUUACAGAAGAAUUUAAUUUACUACAUGCAAAAGACAACGUUGAAACCAGGGGUCCAUCCAGUGAAGAACCGUCCAAAGGCAGUGACGUCUCCAGUAGCAGCACUGUUGUGCCUGACUUUGUUCAUAGAGUGACUACUCUGGACAUAAAUGAUACAGACUCGGACACUGGAAUCAGCUCCACGCACAGUCAGGACUCGGAAAUAACUUCAGGGGAGUUGGUACUGUUGUCGACAUAGUUAAAAACAGUCAUGCAUUUAGGAAAAGUUCUGGGGGGUGGAGGAUAUUUAUAAGAAUCAGUUAAACCUUGUGGCCUUGAAAGUUCAGCCCUGCCAAAUGUCAACUCUGUGGCACCUCUCUAGCAAAGCAAACAGUGCCUUACGUGCUUAAUAGCAUACUUGUGGACUUAGUAGCUUAAGCUUGUGGGCAUUCUGGUUGGUUAACUGCUAAUAGGUGCAAGCUUGUUGGCUUUGUUAAAUGAGGACAGACUCUUGAGAACUUGUUACAUUGAUACUCUGUGAAACAGGAGCAUUCUGACUGGCUUGGACUGAAAGUCUGGAGAUUUGAUAUCCUGUAGUCUUUGGGCUCACUGAUGCAUCUCUCUGACUACUUAGGAGAGUGGAUUAGAGGUUACAACAAACUAGACAGAGAGCUUGAUUUUCUGCACUGUUACAUUAGCUUUAUUCAGGUGGAAUCUCCCUACCGUGAAGCUGCUGUAGAGGAUUAUCUAAUCAAUAUGUAAGCUGUUAAAAAAAUAGGUUUUUAAUAUUGCAGGACAAACGAAAUGCAGUUGCAUUUGUGCUGUGUAUUUACCUUUUGGUUUGACUUAUCAGGAUGAUAUUUUCAGAAGAAAACACCCAAGUGCCUUUUCAGAAAUUGCCUUACACAGACAGAUUCUUAAUCUCCACUUGCUUUCAGCAGCAUUUAACCGCUUUGAAGAUCCUUAAAACACCCCUACUUAUCUGCUGUUACCCUGGAGUUGCCCCAGUGAUGCUUAAGUCCACAUAGUCCCUGCCAGCGGGCAUGUCAGAACUGCUUACGUCCUGCUUCUGUGAGACGCUCAAAUCCCAAGCUCACGCCUAACCCCAGGGGCAUUUUCAGCAAGGCUUUCUCUUGCUUAUCUUACCAGUCAGAUCCAGUGUCUUAGACCUUCCUCACAUCCUGACUACCAAAUAAAGCAUAACAGAAGGGACAGGCAGGGACCAGACAUUUUUGGCUCUGGGUAGACACUGUUUCCCAGUAGUCACGUAGUUACUAUUUUUCACGUAGCAGGUAGGAUGUCAGAUCUCUUUUCAUGCUGUUUUGGAGCAGGAUUGGGGACUUUUAAAUCUUACUUUUUUAGGCGAGGACUUUGAGAUACAACUAGAGCUGAUCUACUUUAUAUAACUAAGUAAAUAUUGAGGCCCAGAAGGAAAAACAACAAGAGAGAGAAUGCAAAACAUGAGAAUUUAUAUCCAUGCAAUGAAGCCAAACGAUUGCAUUUAGGAUGUGGUAGUCAAUCUCAAACCCUUCUGCAGCACCUUGCUGUGAAUCCAAAGCAAAGGCGUCAAAACUGAGGUGCUGUCCUCAGUUACCAAGCAAGAUCAUAAACUCUGAGCUAGCCUCUGUUAACAGUACAUGAGUAGUUUCUGAGUUAAAAGUUUCUGGGUUAAAGUAGUUUCUGGAUUAAAGGGAUGGAAUGGAGAAAAGAGUUGCUGUGUUUCCAAGCAAGGUUUAGCUCUAGCAAAAUUCAGGCAGAUUCUGGAAUGAAAAGUAUACAAAGGAAAUGAACAAGGGGAACAUGUAAAACAUAUUCAGAUUAACACUGCUUUCCUUAUCUGGGUUUUUCUUCUCUUAAAUGUCUGUCACUUACCUGUUUUCCGAGAUGACCACAGUGCUAGGACUGCUCAUUAGGACAUAUCCAAUGCUGGAAGAAAAAGAAGCAACAGCAGCAACAAAAGAAAAAAAAGAAACUGAAACCAACC